AUGGGCAUUAUGACGAGCUCCCGUGAGGGCUUCACCCUCGACUUCGUUGCCCGUUCCCUAGCGACGACAGUCCUCCAUCCUGUUCUGACUUCUACGCUGGCCAUCAUCGCCGGCAGCGACCUCCCAGCUCUGGCUCACGUUGCUGACAAGAUCGCCUCCAUCUUCCCUCACUACCGUCUGGCGCUCUACCUAACCGCAGGCACAGGGCUGGCCAUUUGGGGGAACAGCAUCCUGAACAAAUGGUCCGCCAACAAUUGGAUUCGCGACUCAACCUGGGACUUCAACAAGGAGAUUGUCCUCGUCACGGGUGGCAGCGGCGGCAUCGGGGCAAGCAUCAUCAGCCAUCUACUGGCCAAAAACAUCACGACUACCAUCGUAGUGGUCGACUACGUGCCUCUCAACUGGACCCCUCCCGACGGAUCUCGUGUGCACUACUACCAAUGCGACCUCAGCAACCAGGACCAAGUGCGCGAUGUCUCAGCGCGCAUCAAGAGCCAGGUCGGCCACCCGACCGUGCUCAUCAACAAUGCCGGCCUCAUGCGCGGGAACACCCUCCUCGAGGGCAGCUACGAGGAAACCUCCCUCACGAUCCGCACAAACCUCACAGCCCCCUUCCUCUUGCUGAAGGAGUUCCUCCCGGACAUGGUCGCCAACAACCACGGCCACAUCGUCAACGUCGGCUCGAUAAGCGCCGAGGUGGCCUGGCCGCGCCUGGGCGACUACGCGGCGACAAAGGCCGGGCUGGCGACUCUGUCUGAGGCCCUGCGGUACGAGCUGAGGAUAUGUUACAAGGCGCCGCGGGUGCGCGUGUCGAUUGCGCGGUUCAGCUUUGUGCGGACGGCGAUGGUGCAGGGCGAGGUGGGGAUGAACCACUUCCUCUUCCCGUUCCAGCACGUCGACAGUGUUGGGGAGAGGCUGGCGGAUGUGGUGGCGAGCGGGUAUGCGGAGAACGUGUAUCUGCCUGGGACGAUGAGAUACGUGGCCUCGCUCGUGUCUGGAGGACCAGAAUGGCUACAGCAAUUCCUCAUCGGUCGGUCAGCGCGGAAGGCGACCAUUGUCCUCAAGUCGACGAACAGGCAGCAGAUUGAUCCGAAGACGGGGUUCUUGGCUAAAUGA